AGCAGGACUCGUUUUUGAACUGGAACAAAACGCAGUAAACAAGCAAAUUUAAGUUUGAGGAUGCGAGUUGUGCAAGAGUGUUUUUUUUUUUUUUUUUAGUCAAACGGGUUGAUAAAGUGUUAUAAAAGAAACCUAUGGCUGAUUUGAAUGUCAGCCUUUAUGCUAACCUCGGCUAAGCGGAGGAGCUAACGUCGAGUGACAGCUGUGACAUUGAGAACCGAAACAACGACUUGUAAAAUCACACGUUAUGUGCAGUUAUAUGGCAGACAAUGGCAUUUGUCGGGGUUAAUGUUUUAAGGAGGAUUCGGUUCGGCUCCGUGAAUGUCCGUCUGUGUAAACCUGUGACGAAAAGCAGCUGUGUUUCCUCUCGGUUCAGCUGGCAAAGACCAGCCGUCAGAGCCGCUCCGGUUCGACCGCCUCUGGUCGUCUGUGGCAGUGUGAGGACACUGUGUUGUCUCCAAAGGAGUCCUGGCAGAGUUUGGCUGCACACUUCGGUCCCCCUCAGGGCACUGCCUGCUCCUCUGCUGUGGCUCCUGGUCAAACCAUUGCAGAAGAUCACAGCCAUCAUCCUGGGAAGGAGUUUAAGAAAGUGGUGGGGGACACUACCAGCCAAUCGCAAACAGCUCCUGCGUGAAACAUUGCGGCAACAUCAAUGGCAGCUGGUGACAUGUGCAGCAGUCGCUAUGGCAGUUGUGGCGCUUUUCGUCUUUACCCACCUGGAUGAGGUUCCAAUGACAGGACGGAUCCGGCUCGUGGUGUUCAGCAGAGAGACCUACAUGGAGCUGGCAGCUGUGACUUCAGAGGAGUACAUGAAGAAGUUUGAAGACCUGCUGGUUCCAGAACAUGACCCUAGUCACCAGAUGGUGGAUCAGGUGGUGCAGCACCUAUUGCAACGGAACAAAGACAUCCCUGAACUGUCCGCUGUCACUUGGAACGUCCAUGUGGUGCAGAAUCCACAAAUCAAUGCUUUUGUUCUACCGGUCAGUCAGUUAUAUUAUCACAUUGUUGCAUUAAAUUCAUCAAUGCGCUGUGUAUUACCCACUAGGUGCGCUCUAUCGGAUUGGCUGUUAAAACCUCUAAAUCUGAUACUGUGUAAAAGUUCCAUGAAAAUAGAUGAGAACAAUCAAUAUGUUCCAGCUGCCUCUUUCAAUUCACAAAAACUUUGUGCCUUUUUUGCCUCCUACCCCACUUUUUCUUUCUUUCGAACCCCAAUCUCUUUUUCCUACUCCCCCGCUUUGUCUUCUCACAUCCUACCUGGCCCUCUCUUCCAGGCAGAAAAGGCCAGCUUCUCUCACGCAGUGGACAUGCUGUCCCUUAUUCUGCUGACGGCCAUCUGGGCCGUGUGUCCUCGUGACAGCCUGGCACUGCUGGUACAGUGGGUACAGGACAAGCUUGUACAGCUAACAUUUGACCGGCCCUACAGUAGGUCUCUAGAAGCUGAAGCUGACAAAGUUGGACUCCAGUUGGCUGCAAAGGCAUGUGCAGAUGUGCGAGCAGGCCCUGUGUUCUGGCAGCAAAUGGAAAUGAGAGACCAGCUGAGUGGCGGCCCUGCCAUCCCCGAGUGGCUGUCCACACACCCCUCACACAGAAACAGAUUGGCUCAGCUGUACCGUCUCAUACCGCAGGCUGUGGAGCUGAGGAAAAGCUGUGGCUGUCCUGCUCUACCUCCUACAGACCCUCGUGAUGUCUUUUCUAAGAGUGUCCAUGUGUUCCUGGAAAAGACUAAGGCCCAAGGGAGAAGAUACCCUGAGGGAGUUCUGAAGCCCUUACCUCACAGCUUCGCCCUCUUACCUACUGGCUCAUCUACAGUUUUGCUUGACCAAUCACCACAGUGUCCUUCCACAAACAUAGACAUGGAAAAUAAAGUCCAGGUGUUAGCAUCUCAGUCGGUUGGUGUAACUCCAGUUCCUGCUCCUGGUGAAGGAGACGGACAUUCUCAGAGCGUCCCUGGCACCAGCUGAUGGGGGUGUGUCACUGCAACAGUUAUCUGUCACUUAUCACUACACGGGUAAUUGGGACUAAAGCCUAUCCCAGCAAACACUGGGUUUGACUACAAACUGUUUACUGCUGCUAAAUGACCGGCUUCCUCAUCCAUUAAAUUUCAGAGGUUGGGGUAA